UAUGAAACGGCGCAUGGAAAGCAGCUGGGACGUUUAUUGAUAAUAGUCAAUUCAUUUAAGUAGGAACAUAUUUAGGCCUACUUCAUGUCGGCCGCACAAUGGAAAACAGGUGAACAAGCAGGCGAAUGGUGAGACAACAUGUGACGGAGCGUGAUGUGACCGUCCGUUGAAAAAAUGGUUACUUUAAAAAACCUCAGUGUUGAAGACCCCGAAGACAGCGGUUUGCCGUUGCUGCCGGAGGCAGAAAACAUUGAGCAAGCGGCAGCUACAAACGGGAAGACAGAACUCCGGAAAUUCUUCAUCAGCAGAGAGACCAACCUCUGUCUGAGCCUGGUGUUGUUGCUGGGGUGUUACUCAGCCGUGCUAGUCCCAGUUUACCUGCCCAAGGAGCAGCCUAUCUGGAAGAAUGGCAGUUUGCAAGGCAGAGACAUGGUCCUGCUGAACAGCUCGGCCUCCCUGCUGGCGGGGGAAUGCCGUCCCGGCUGGUGUGGGGAGCGGCUCCGCUCGGCAGCCCUGUGUCCGCGCCUGCCGGAGGUCCCAGUGUUCCUGCAGGAGGGGCAUGCGGAGUGGGCGCAGCCCCCUCCUCUGGGCUUCCAGGACAGUGAGGAGAGGGCGGCCAGGACUCUGCAGACCCUUCCCCAGACCGGCCCACCUCCCGGGCUCAGGGGUAGGGGGUGCAGCCGCUGUGUGGUGGUGGGGAGCGGAGGGGUGCUGCUGGGCAGCCGCCUGGGGGCCCACAUCGAUCAGUAUGACAUCAUCAUCAGGAUGAACAAUGCCCCUGUUUUUGGGUUUGAGAAAGACGCCGGGUCCAGGACCACCAUCCGUCUGAUGUACCCAGAAGGGGCGCCUCGGUCCCCCCGAGAGUACCAGAACACCGCUAUAGUGGCUUUGGUGGCGUUCAAGAGCUUGGAUCUGGAGUGGCUUGCAUCCGUGGUGACCAAAGAGAGCCUGGGAUGGUGGUCUAAGCUGUGGUUCUGGCGCGAUGUGGUGGAAUCCAUUCCUCUCCAGCCAGAAAACUUCCGGAUCCUGAACCCUGAAGUGAUCCACCAGACGAGCCUGGCAUUACAGACAUACUCCAAACAGCAGAAAAAGAUGGUGCCCACCCUGGGAGCCAGUGCGGUCGUCAUGGCGCUGCGACUGUGCGAUGAGGUGAGCCUGGCGGGCUUUGGCUACGACCUGCAGCACCCAGCCGCCCCGCUGCACUACUACGAGGCCCUGCGCAUGGAUGCCAUGAAGUCGCAGGUGGUGCACGACAUCAGCACCGAGAAGGUCUUCCUGAGGGAGCUGGUGGCAGCGCAGGUGGUGACCGACCUCACGGGGGCGCUGUAACAGAACCGGCCGCCAUGGCGCUACGGCGGUUUUGGUCACACAAUUCGGCAAUCACAGAAAGCUGUGACAGGGUCCGCACACUGCAUUUUCUACAAGCCCUGACCCGGGAUCAGUUUCAGUUUUUUAAACGCCCCCCCCCCACAUAAAGGAACCCUGAAUCACUUCAGGCUUUCUUAACCCCCCAUAAAGGAAAAGAGCAGAUUCUCUGUUAGCAGGCUAGAGGAAGAAUAGACACCUGUGCUUCCUCAUUCCUGGAGGAGAAUGUGUCCACAGUAGCUCAAAACAGUUCAUGCAUAACCUUAUACAAAUCCUUACUUUCAGCUUUCAGUUUCAAAUCCACUAAUGCAUUCCCACAAUGACAGGCCUCCUUGACAUGGGUGGUGGUGGGGGGUUGUUAAAACAUAAAGGACAGGAAAUAUUUAGGAAGACCUUUUUUACUAGCAGACUUUUGACUUUUACACUUUCACUGAAAGAAAGGUCGCUCAAAUUUUUUGUUAGGCCCUGUUGGGUUCCCUUGGAAACAGUGGGACUGGAGAUGUCGGCUCAAUGCUGUGGAAGGAAGCUACAGUGGCUGGCCAAUGAUCCAGAACUUUCUCUGCUUCCGCUCGCAUACAGUAUGUUUGGGCGGCUUAAGGCUGUGUUUCAGGAGCGUAUCAUUAUUUGGCAAAGGCCAGUCUACCUUAUCUUAAAUAAAGGGCUAUUACUCUUGGUAAUGAACUGGGCCUCUGAACUGGAAACAGCUGAUCCCUUAAAAUGAACACUGAGGCAAGUGUAGGAGAUUGCUGUGUGAGGCACUAUAGCGGGAGUGGUGGUAGGCAUAGUUCGCCUGACCUUGUAUUGACCUUGGCUGGCUAGUAUGAAUGACAAAUUCCAUUCCCUCAUGAAUAUUGAUGAGCUCAUUAAUAUAAAUGUGUUUUGCAAAAUUAUGCCUUUUAGCCCACUGUUUAACUGUGGCAGUAGUGAGGGGGAGGUUCAGAAAGUGAUAAAGAAUCUUUUUUUUUUUUUUUUCUCCAGUUUCAUUUUCAUACAGCCUCUGCGCCUGUACACCUUUCAUUGUAUUGGCUAUUCAUUAUAAAGCACUCCAAACUAAGAGGCGAAGACUUUAUAGAUUUUGUUUUAAAUGUUCUGUGCAUUAGAAGUUUGCUUAACAAAAGUU